GACGAUGUAUGUUAAAGCCCCAACUUUGAUCUGGUCUCAGCGGCAAUCAGAUAAACCACUGCAACACCCCAGCUCCGCUGCUCUCUGUCCACGUUUUCCAUGAGCUGUGAACCAUCGAUCAAAAUCCAGUGAAAUUGAUCACCAACAUGGAAGGCCUCACAGCCUGCUGCAUCGGAGUCCGCUUGCCGCUGCGAAUCCACCCUCAUUCCAGCCAAACCUGCUUCUUUUCUCGCCGCCGGCCAUGUCGUCGUCUGCUUGUGUUCGCCUCUCGCGAAGGCCCGGAGUUUGAUAAAUGGGAACAGAUGGAGCUCAAGUUCGGGAGGCUUCUUGGUGAAGAUCCCAAGUUAACCCUUGCCAAGAUAAUGGCUAGAAAGGAUAACCCGCAUGUCUCUUAUCUUGAUGUUGAAAAGUCAUUUAGAAAGAACAAGGGCAAAAUGGAUGAUAUUACGGACAUGCCCGCAGAUUUAUUGGUGGGUGAAGAUCUCACUUCUCCUGGAAGUCGCAAGACCCAGAAUUUACCAAAGAACAGCAAACUAAAUUUGUCCCGUCCUGUCAUGAACAAAGUUAUGAAACCAAGCAUGCUGGAAAAAGUUACAAGUUUUGCUGAGAUACAAGAAAAACAAUCGCCAGGAAAUGUUGACAAGAAAACUUCAACAUCUAAUGUUACUUUGCGAAAACCUUCUGUUUUUCAUGAUGAUGACAUUGAAGCAGUUAGCUCUAAACUUAAAAUUAAGCCUAAUCUAUAUUUUAAAUUGCGGAGAAAUCCUACUCAAUAUUCUGGUGAAUUCACCCUACUAAAGAAGCCAGAAGUGGUCCAGCUUCCUUCAAAACCUUUUGAAGAGAGUGUUACUUAUGAUAACUCAGUUGACAUGAGCUUUUUAAAUUCGGAAGUUAUGGAUACUGAAGAUAGCUUUGAUGAUGUAGAAACUAAAGUUGUUAUGCAGCAGAAUAGCAAUGAUAAAUCUGCAAAUUAUGAUAUUAAGGCAGUAAGGGUUGAUGAGAGUGGUAGUUCUAAUUUCAGGCAGAAAUCUUCUGAAUUGGAUGGUGGUUUGCUCAUAGGAUUACAGCCUCCUAUGCAAGAAGGCGUUCCGCAAAUUGAUGACCAAUUAUGCAGCACAUCUUUGCAUGGGGACUCAAACAGCCAUAAAAUUGAUGUCUCAGUGAAUGCCUCAUUGCUUGAGAAACCUAACAGGCAAGAAUAUUCUGAUAGAGAAGGCCUUCAUACAGCUGGAUUGGAGACUGCCAGGUCUAAUGAUAAAAACUACAGUUGUUCUGCUGAUGUCGUUAAGUUUCAAUCGGCUGAUGAAGAGGGUAGUCAAGAUCAUGAUUGGAAGAGGAUGGAAAAGAUGCUCAAGUUAGGAGAAAGAGCUGAAGUAGAGCUGAUUAGCUGCAGCAGCAGAGGUUUCGUGGCAUCAGUUGGUUCCUUAAUUGGCUUCUUACCAUACCGCAAUCUUGGUACCAAAUGGAAAUUUCUAGCUUUUGAAUCAUGGCUAAGAAAAAAAGGUUUGGAUCCUUCGUUAUACAAGCAAAAUCUUAGCAUUAUGGGAAACUAUGUUGGUCAGAGUGAGAAUCCUGCAUUAGAUUCCUGCCAAAUUUUAGAAAAAGAAAUAGUGUCAUUGCCAGACAUGAAAUUUGAAGGACUCCUCAAGACAUAUGAACAAGAGAAAAUGAAGUAUUUGUCCUCUUUUGUUGGUCAGAGGUUGAGAGUCUCUGUCAUACAUGCUGAUCGAAGUUUAAGCAGACUAAUAUUUUCAGGGCGACCAAAAGAGAACGAAGAAUUGGUCAAGAAGAAGAGAAUGCUAAUGGCAAGACUUAAUGUUGGGGAUAUUGUAAAAUGCUGCGUCAAAAAAAUUACUUAUUUUGGAAUAUUCGUUGAGGUUGAAGGAGUUCCAGCACUGAUUCACCAGUCCGAAAUAUCAUGGGAUUUUAUAUUAGAUCCAUCAGCAUUUGUCACAAUUGGGCAGGUUUUAGAUGCAAAAGUUCAUCAAUUGGAUUUUGUGUUUCAACGCAUCACAUUAUCAUUAAAAGACGUUACGCCAGACCCACUAAUUAAAAGUUUGGAAUUCGUUGUUGAUGGUGGAACUCGAACUUAUUCGAGUGAGAAUCGAGAGUCUGCACAACCAGAUUUUGAGUGGCCAGAAGUUGAUUUGCUUAUUAAGAAAUUGCAAGGGGUAGAUGGAGUUAAUGAUGUUACCAAAGGCCGUUUCUUCUUGAGUCCUGGUUUAGCCCCAACCUUCCAGGUCUACAUGGCUUCUAUGUUUGACAAUCAAUUCAAGCUGCUUGCCCGUUAUGAAAACAAGGUCCAAGAGAUUAUGGUGCAAGCUUCUUUGAACAAAGAACAGCUUAAGGACGCAAUUUUGACAUGUACUGAUGGGGUGCAGUAAUUGAAGCAGCCAGUUUAGAUUUUUUUUUUUAUUAUUUUUGUAUUAUUUCUCUAUAAAAUAAUAUAUUUGUUGUAGCAUGGAAUAAUGGAUUCAGUUCGUAAGUUAGAAGUAUUGAUGUGGAUGAUUUUUAUUUCAUGCAAGAAUGAGAAUGGCAGCAUAAUU